AUGAGUGGAUAAUAAAACCACUGAAUCUGUUUUACUUUAGUUGGAAGCAUUAAGAGAGACAGACAGCUGAGCCAUGGCUUCUUCUUCUAUCUCAUUCUCCUGCGCACCUUCUUUGGCCACCUCACUCUUCUCCACCAGUAACACUUCUUCUUCCCCAAGGCUGCUCUCCUCUCGGUUUCUCGGUACCCGUAACUUAAAGCUUCAUAUCCGACCAGCCAGACUCGGUCCUUCCAACGGGUCAAGAACCACUUGCUGGUUCAAGUUUGGCAAGAACGGUGUCGAUGCUGAAAAUGCCGGAAUCUAUGGCAGUCAGUCUCGUGAUGACUUCGACAGAGACGACGUUGAACAGUAUUUCAACUACAUGGGGAUGCUUGCGGUAGAAGGUACCUAUUCAAAGAUGGAAGCUCUUCUUAACCUAAACAUUCACCCAGUCGAUAUCUUGUUGCUGUUAGCUGCUACAGAAGGUGACAAACCUAAGAUCGAGGAGCUUCUCAGAGCCGGUGCUGAUUACUCGGUCAAGGAUGGUGAUGGAAGAACCGCUCUAGACAGAGCCAGCAGCGAAGAGAUCCGUGACUUGAUCCUUGGCUACAAGGCACAAAAGGCUUGAAUCCACAGCUUGGUAUUAACACACAGGAACCACGCAAGUUGUGUUCUUGGGUUUUGAAAUGUUUUUGUUUGCUAGAACAAACUGUCUUUCUGGGUUCCAUGCACUAGUAGAUUAUAAAAUCCAUCUUCUUCCUUUUUGUCU